UCCAUUAUGUUUUGUUGUGAGAUGGAAAAUGUAUUAUACUGUUGCACUGACUUGGGGUACUUAAUGUGGUCGACCUCUGAGAUUGAGGGUAGAGAGUGGAGAGAGAUCAAGGGAUUGGAUAAAUUGCGUAAACAUUUAAAAACAGGGAAAGAGAUUGAAAUGGCUAACUACGGUGGGAAGCUUUUAGUUAUGUGGCAUUCAUAUCCCGAUAUUUGCAUAAGAGACAAAAUUUGGUAUGCAAAGAUUUAUUUAGAAUCAAGAUGCAAUGCACGUGAGGUGUGGGGUAAGGUUGAGUGUGUCGAUAUGCUCACCUUUCCUGUUGAAACAUAUGAAAGCUUUUAUUGUUUAACUGCUUCGGUUUGAUGUCUGGUAUGAGUUUGUGUUACAAGUUAAGUGAGCAUGAAGUUUUGAAGUUUCUUUUUGGAGAACAAAACAUGUUAUUUUUUGGUAAUUGAUUAUUGUUAGAAUAAUAGGCGUUAUUUUUCUAAAAACCUAAACGUGUUUAGUAAACCCUAGCUCUAUUUAUCACAUCUCCUCUCCACAGCCUCUAAUACAACUUCGGCCGAUCAUGAUCUCCCAAGAAGUUGACUCAACCGAAAAGAAGACAAUUCCUGAGCCACCGUCAAUAUCGUUCUCGUCACUUCCACAUGAAAUCGCAGAGAACAUUCUUGCCCGUGUCUCCAGAUGGAAAUAUCCACGUCUUUCUCUCGUCUCCAAGAGCUUCCGCUCUCUCUUAUCUUCUAUGGAAAUCUACAAGACGCGAUCUCAAAUCGGAGUCCAAGAAACAUGCGUCUAUAUCUGCUUAGAGCUGCCUAAUCAAUGUGCGAGCUGGUUUAGUCUGUGGACGAAACCGAAUAUAAAACAAACCAAACGGAGAGGGAAGAUUAGGUUUAAGAGGGAUUCAAGUGGAAACUCGGUUGUUCCAUCACCUUUCUCUUCUUCCCAUUCUCCUCCCUUACCUUAUAAUUGCCCUCAAACAGUUGGUUCGAAAAUCUACAUAAUCGGUGGACCCGACAAGAAGCCGUCUUCCUCUGUUCGGAUCCUUGAUUGUAAGAGUCACACUUGGCAUGAUGGCCCUAACAUGACCGUGGCUAGAGAAUGUGCGUCUACACUUUUACUCGGUGAGAAAAUAUAUGUACUGGGAGGUUGCAAUAUUGACGUCUACUCUACCAACUUGUUUGAGGUAUUUGACAUAAGGACUCAGUCUUGGACAGCCUUGACUGGUCCACGCUCCGGUGAGGACGACGAGGUAAGCCAUACAUGUUGCUCUAUAGUUAAUGUGUUCGAAGGAAAAAUUUAUGCGGCGGAAAAUUUAAAGGACUACGCUUACGAGCCAAAACAUGGUACGUGGAAACUUGUAAGAGAGAAAUCUCGUUUCCUUCCCCGCUCCUUUAAAGUUAUGUUUUGGUGUGAGAUGGAGAAUGUAUUAUACCUUUGCACUGACUUGGGGUACUUAUUGUGGUAUGGGUCUGAGAUUGAGGAUAGAGAGUGGAGAGAGAUCAAGGGACUGGAUAAAUUGCGUAAGCAUUUAAAAACUGGGAUGGGCGUUGAAAUGGUUAACUAUGGUGGGAUGCUCUUAGUUAUGUGGCAUUCAUAUCCCUAUCAUUGCAUAAGAAACAAGAUUUGGUAUGCAAAGAUUUGUUUAGAAUCAAGAUGCAGUGGACGUGAGAUGUGGGGUAAGGUUGAAUGUGUCGAUGUGCUUACCUUUCCUGUUGAAUCAUUUGCACGCUUUUAUUGUUUUACUGCUUCGGUUUGAGAUGAUGGUACGUAUGAGUUUGCGUUACGUGUUACAAGUCAAGUGAGCAUCAUCAUAAGCUUAAACUAUUAUAUGUAUUAAUUACUAUUUGUGUUUUCACGUUAAUUGACAUCAGUGCCGGCUUUGCACAGGGGCCAGGGCCCCAAUUGUUUUUGUUAAAAUUUCUUUAUAGUUUAGGGCCCUUAGGCCAUCAUUAUUACUAGGACAAUUUUAAAUUCUUAAAAUAAAAAAAGCAAAGGACACAAGAGAUAUCAAAUGACGAAGGACGAAGAACGAGCUGGGACGUUGCUUAUAUAACGACUUUCCCUCUCGGUCCUGGUGUUUUUGUAGGUCCUCUGCCCUUAAGAACCAGCUGGGACGUUGCGAUAAUGUUGCUCUUAAAUUUUGAUUUUAUACAAAAAAGUCCUAAAUUUUUGAUUUGUACAGCAAGAGAGGAUCCUAAAAUUUUUGAUUCUGCACAGGGUCUACAUAUGCUUUGAGCCGAGCCUGAUUGACAUUAACUGGUGACCAUUAUAUAAACAUUAGGAAUGAAUAUGGAAAAAAUGCAUGGAAAUAAAAUUAUAGGAAAAUUAUCUUAUUAAUUUUGGGGGAAAAACAAAUUUGUUAUAUAUUCCUAUAGAAUAAAAAAAAUGAGAAAAAAUGUAAAUAAAAAACUAUUCUUUGUAAAUAGUAAAAAAAAAAGAAAAAAGAAUGUAUUAUUUUCUUUUAUUCCUUGAUCACCAGUUAGACGUGUUACG